AGGAGAUGGGCCUCCGCGCGCUGGAAGGUCAGCCGCCCGCCGCUUUCGCCCUCCCUCAAACACCAGACCCCUCCUCUCCUUUCCCAUCUCCCCUUACGUCGGUCCCUUCAUUCUCCUCACAUCCGCGCUGCGUCACUGCCGGUCUUCCUCUCGCCGCAUCUCCCUGCUGAUCAUGGACUAUCUUCGCAGCCGAAAGGAGUCCGCGCCCAGCUUGUCGACAAAGGCUAGUGUGGGCCGUUGCUGUCGCACAAGGCAUCCUUCCCAG